ACGAAACUGAACUUUUCCAGGCCGGCAGUUUAGCUUGUUUUCAAAAUUGGCUGCGCGAUAGUAGGCGGUACUCAAAACAUAGCAUCUAUAAGAAGAAAGUCAACUUUAUAGCCUUCUCCAUUAUGGCACAUUACAGAGCUGCAGACUCCAAAAGGGAACAGUUCCGGAGGUACUUGGAGAAAACUGGUGUUGUUGACAGUCUGACCAGUGUUCUAGUGGCUUUGUACGAACAACAAGAGAGGCCCAACAAUGCUCUGGAAUUUGUCAAGGAGCAUCUUGGUGCCGCUGGCCUGACUGCAGCAAACACUGAGGCUCUGCAACAGGAGGUGAUUGAUUUGAGGCAGAAGUGUGCACGCCUGGCAGAGGAAAAUAAAGACCUGAAAACAAAGCUGCAGCAUUAUGAACCAGAAGAUGGAGCCACAGCUGAGUAGACCCCAGCAGAGCUUUGGUUGGAGGGAGGUUUUGUUUGUUUAUUUGUCUAUAUUUCUCUCUGUGAGUUUAAAGACGACACUGUUAAGUGAAAGGCAAGAAUUUUUCUGUUUUUUGCAAAUCCUAGUUCCUACUUUUGUUUCUUAGAACUAAUUUAUUCUGUACAUGGAUGUAUAUACGUUUUCUUUCUUGUUCAUUCUGUCUUCAGUAUAUUGCAAUAGAAAGUGCUUAAGUUAAGAUGUGGGACUAUUUUUUUUAGGGCUCUAUGUGAAAAUAAUGUCUGAUUAUACUGCAGAUAAUUUUAUUUUUCUGGAAUAGUUAUAAACACACAGACUCUGCUGUGAUCCACAUGACAGUCUGUCAUAGAGACACACUUAUACUUUAUUGCCAAAGGUCUGGUGUGAGAAAAUGGUUUUAAAAAGCUUAAAAAAAUGGCAUUUUCUGGUAAAAUAAAGCACAGCCCUCUUGUAAUUAAGA